CCUGCGCGCUUGUCUGCAUCACUUCCGGGUCAGUAGGAUGUUGUUUAGCUGAUGGAUAACGUGUUUACAACAGAUUUGAACACAGUUGUUACAUUUCAGGUUAUGGUCUGUGCUUUAAAAACAGUGAAGACAAAUGUCUGCACCCUCCGCAACAGGUACAUUAAAUAUCAGGGAUUUAAUUCCACCGACCGGCUCAACGAAUAAAGUUCAAACAGCAGCGGCGUUAGUCGCUCAGGCUCGAGCUAAGAAACGAGCUGUCAGUCCGGCGACCCACACUACUCUCCAACCGAAUAAUAAUAAUAGUAACAACAGCAAGAAAAGAAAAACACAGCCUACAACAUCGCCUGCACAAGCUCAGGUUGUUCCUGUGGAGGGGAAUGCUGAAGGAAAAUUAGUAGCGGAUGUUGACUCAGCUGCUAAAACUCUACCUUUUAAAAACCCCAGUUUUGUGCACUCGGCUAUUGGUGGGGCAGCAGCAGGGAAGAAGAAUCGCACAUGGAAGAAUCUGAAGCAGAUUUUGGCAGCCGAGAAAACACUUCCCUGGAAAGCCACUGAUCCCAACUAUUGUACCAUAGAUGCACCUCCUUCUAUGAAGCCUACUAAAAAGUACUCCGACAUCUCUGGUCUGCCGGCAAACUAUACUGACCCCCAGACCAAACUACGCUUUGCAUCAACAGAGGAGUUUUCCUACAUCCGCCAGUUACCCACAGAUGUGGUUACCGGAUAUUUAGCUCUUCGAAAAGCCACUUGCAUUGUGCCAUGAGAGUAAAUGUAAUUCCCCCACAUGCACACAUAUAUGUACAUGCAUGCACACACAGACAUGUACAUGACUACAGGAUGUGAAGGACCAACAGAAUUGGAUCAAACACAGAUCAAAUUUUGAUCCGUGUGGAUAUUUGCAGUUACUUUGCAAAUAUCUUUUCCACUUCUGGACUUCCAAUGUCAGUUGAAGUCCUGUAAUUCUAAGGAUCUGGGAUCAUGUGUUAUAAAUGAUGGAUGAAAAGAACCUGCUGCUUUAGAGUAUGAGCCUGUGAAGAUGUUUUAAGGAUAUGUUUUCUUGUGUUGAAUAAAAUUUUAUUUCCUUUUA